GGGCAGGAUCACGGGAAAGGAGUACAUCCGCCGUCUGCAACGGUCCACUCCUCCUUCCUUCCCUCCCAGUACACAAAAACUUUACACAACCCAAGAUGGCGAACGUUUGUUUUGUACUAGGUCUUGUCACAUCUGUUUUAAGCCUGGCUUGUGUGGUGGUGGCCAUGGCCAGUUCACAGUGGUUGAGGAUUCGAACACCUUUCUUCAAAAAUGAUGUUGGUGUUAUGAGGCACUGUGAUAUUGAUAGUUCAUUCUGUGGGGAAAUGGAAAAACUAAAUGCCCUUGUCGACGCUCAUUACGCAGGUCAGUCAGACCUACUUCAUGCACUACACUUCUACAGUUACUUAGUUACUAUAUUAGUCUGUGUACUAUAUCUAUAGCCACAGGCUAUAAUUAUAGCACAGCUCAGCAAUUUUUUUUCACUCGUGGUACACCCAAGGGCUUUCCAAGAAUUCUGCAGCACACCUGAAGUAACCAUGUACAAAAAAUACUCUAAAAAAACAUUAUUUAUUAUUAUGAUAUUAUUUAUGACAUUGACAUGACAAAGUUAUUUAAAAAAUAUUAAUAAUACAUAAUUUCAUAUUUUUGGAAACUUAUUAAAUUAACUCAUGGCAGUGAGUCAUAGUCACAACUAAACACUAACUAAAUUGAAGGCUUCAUCAGUAUAAAAAAAAAAAAAAAAGUGCAGUGCUAAAUUUCAUUUUUAUUAUCUUUUGAACAGGGUUGCCCCCACCCCAUGGUAUAAAGACAGUAAAUGAUCUCUCCAUUUGUUUUAUUAUUUUUCACCCUAUAAUUAUGCCAGAUUUUUUCACCUAACUAUAAGUUGGUGAAAAUGAAUGACAUUUGAAUGCAUUUUCACAAAAAAACGAAACAAGAAAUUAAAUUUAUAUUAAAUUAUUGAUGUGUAAUAUAAAUAAAUCUAGAUGAAGCAAUGAGGACCAGGUUUAUGUGCUCAGUAAAUAGGAAGCAAUUUUGAAGAUACUAUUUAUAAUGAAGGAAACAGAAUUUACCUUUAAUAUUAUUUAAUAAUAAAGCAAUGGAAACAGAGGAAGCAGCUGAAGGUGCAAUGAAGCUGUCCACCAGAAAUUCCUGAUAAUAAAGUAAACACCGAAUGAAAUUUAAAAAAAAAAAAAAAAUCGGGCAGAACAGUUUUCUAAAUCACCAAUAAAUCAGGAACUACUCAUGGAAGGAAAGAAAUUUAUAUUUGAAAUGGAAAGCUGGGGAAAAUUAUAUGUCAGAGACUGUGUAGCAAAAGCUUGGACAACCAACAUUGAGUCCAGUAUCCAUUAAGUAUGACUUGGCUUCAGGUGACCAAUUUAAAGUUCUAGGAAGUAAAGAAAUAAAAGCUGAUGCAAGUGAAUCCUCUUCAAACAUGUCCUUAGUAGUAGUAAAAGAUCACAAAUUAAACUUGCUGGGCAGAACAGCAGUAAAAAAAAUCUUAAUAUUUCAAUGGACCAUCUUUUCAGACACAGGUAUAUCAUAUAAGCAAUAAAAACUCUUGCAUAAAUCUUGUGCGCAAACCUCCAGUGAAUUCCUUAAACUUUUUGAACCAGGUCUUGGACUAUUUAAAGACUUUGAGUUAGAUAUCAAGUGCAAGCCAAAUGCACAACCUAUUUAUAUGAAACCCAAAAAUUGUUCAUUUGGAAUUAAGGCAUAACUAGCAGAAGCUUAUGAAGCUGGAAUAUCCUCAGCAGUCUGAAAACCAGUACAGUUUAAUCAUUUGGCCCCUCCAUAGCUCUCUUAAAAAGGAAAUCUAUAACAGGGGGAAAGGUACAAAUCAAGAUCUGUGAUGACCAUGCAAAAAUUAAAAAUUCACAGUUAGAAACACCCAGGUACCCAAUGCCAUUACCAGAAGACCUUAUAAGAAAGUUGAAAGGUGGACAUUAUUUCUUAAAAAUACACCUUUCUGAUGCGUUUUUGCCCAACGAUAAAUUUAAUAUUUGGUGCAUGAACUAUGAAGAAAUGGCAUAUCAAAAGGGUCAAAAGUAGAUAACCAUGAGGGCAAAAGUAGAUAACCAUGCCGGCAGCCACAGAUAUGUCCAGUCUGCAGUCAUUUCUUGGUCAAGUGCAGUUUUAAAAGUUCUUACCAGACCUGUCAACUGUACUAUAGCCUAUAGCCACUGUAUUAUUUAACUAAAAAGAACAGUUGAUGGUGGAAAACAGAGCAAGAAGAAGCUUUCAGAAAAGUCAAACAAUUGCUCUCUUCUGAUACAGUUAUAGUUCACUAUGAUCCAACUCUAAACAUAGGCAUAGCCUGGGACAUGUCAAAUGUUGGCAUAAGAAGUUUUCUUUCCACAGAUAUCAUGACAAUCGUGAAGGCCCUUUUGCUAAAAUUUUGAAAACUUUCACAGUGGCACAACACAGAUAUAGUCAGAUUCAGAAGGAAUCACUGUCAAUUAUUUUUGCACUAUCAAAAUUGGAUCAAUAUCUGUAUGAAAGCAAGUUUGUUUUGGUUAUCGACCAUAAACCACCGAAAAGCAUAUUUAGUUCAGGAAAAGGAACUCCAGCACUGGCAGCAAAUCGUUUAGCCAGGUUGGCUCUUACCUUGAGUCAAUGUGACAUUAUUAUCGAAUUCCUUGAGUCAAUAUGACAUCAUCAUUGAAUUCCUUAAGUUAAUAUGACUAUAUCAUUGAAUUCCGAAAUUAGCUGAUCAUGGGAUGCUCAUAGUGGUCUACCCUCAUUCCAGAUGACAUUUUUGAUGGUGAAGAAAGUGAAGCAGAUAUGGAUUCUGUAUGUUUGAUCAAACUAGUGAGCUUGCAGAUCAGACCAAUAGAUCCAGGAGUCCUUGCCAAAGAGUCACUUAAAAACUCUUCUGAUUCUAAGUAAUUAUUUAUUGUCAAGAGGGCUAGCCUUUCUCUACUAGCAAAGCUUUAACUCUGAUGCAGUUAAUUUAUCAGCUUUUAAAAAUAUUAAAGUCUCACUCUGAGUGGAUUCAAAUUGUUUCUUAUAUGGUUCAAGAAUUGUAGUGCCUAAAAUAAUUCAAGGUCAGGUUCUCCAAAUCCUGCAUAUAGGGCAUUUUGGAACUGAGCGCAUGAAACAGCCAGAUCAUCUGUAUACUUGCCAGGGCUUGAUGCUCAAAUCACAGAGCUAGGCCUAACAUGCCAGGCAUAUCAGAUCACACCCAAGACCUUAAACAAGCCAUGGAUGCUGCCAGAAAAACAUGGAGUCUAUUGUAUAUUGCGCAUGAAACAGUUAGCCAGAUCAUCUGUAUACUCGCCAGGACUUGAUGAUCAAAUCACAGAGCUAGGCCUAACAUGCCAGGCAUACACAGAUCACACCUAAGACCCUAACCAAGGCAUGGAUGGUGCCAGAAAACAUGGAGUCUACUGCAUAUCGACCAUGGGAUCAACUGGGAUCACAUUGGCUGGUGAUGAAAGAUGCUUAUUCAAAGUACAACAUCCACAUCAUAGUGAUUAGUCUCAUAAGAUCCUAUUGAACAUAUUAUUACAGGUAUAAUUUAUAUUGUUUGAUGUUUCCAAAGCAGUCUGGACUGUAACAGCUCUUCAUUUGGUUUAUAGUUAAGUCUUUAUUUUUUUGUCAAACUGAGCUGAUAUUUGUUUAUAUUUUAUUUUACAGCAUGGUUUCGUUCCAUCCAAGCGAUGUACCUAUUGCACUGUAUUGGAAUGCUUGUCUCCACUGUUAUGUACAUCCUCUAUGCUGUACAGUUUUUGGAAUCCAAGGGCAGUUUUAGAGUUCUCACUGCUUUUAACUUUUUGGCACGUAAGUGAACAAGUGUUUCAUUUGUCAGUGUGUACGUCAGUAAACAACUGUUUCAUUUGUCAGUGAGUAAGUAAAUGAAGAUAGACCUACAGUUGACUUUAUAAGUUUAAGUUCUAGUGCUACUGGUGUCUAUUCAUAUGCAAAUGAAUACCAUUUUUUGAGUUACAAUUUUCUGUAUGUAAUCCUUGAGCAUAAUGCUAGUUUGAUAUUUGUAUGUAUGUGUAUAGAGUGUUUUUCCUUAAGUUUUUCUGUAUGGUACAUAAUUUUUUUACAAGCAUAGGUUGUUUUUUUCUUUUAUAUUUAAUGAGACUUUCUUCUCCUCAGUGUCCGCUGGUAUUUACGCUGUUGCAAUGUUCGGCAUGAAUCAUCUCUCGUACUUUGGGCUCACAGACCUAUCAAUCACAGAGGAAAUGGCUGAGCUCGGCUACGGGUUCAACAUGGCCAUCACUGGAUGCUGUUUGUCUUUCCUGGUCAUGGUGUUUAGUGCCAUGGAAGCCAGCCGAGCAGUGGAUUUGUUGCAGAACAUGCAGAAUCGCCUGACAGUCUGGACAACCCCAUACACUUUGUUUGUUGACCAAGAAGCAUAGAAAGGGAAUUGAAUUAGAGCAUCUUCUUCUUAAAUGCUGUCCUUAGGUUAAAAAAAAAAAAGAUAUCAAGACACUAAAAAAUAAUGCCUCUGAUAAAUGACAGUGUUAUAAACUUUGUGAAUUGUUAUAAGUUUAAACUAGUAAUUCCCAUAGACUUACUUAAGUUAAUUGGAAAGUAUGAUUGUGAGCGAAGAAAAUGUUCCAAAAAUUUAAAAGAAAAAAAAGUUUAAAUAUAUUGUUUGUAGCAAGGGUGUUCUUAUAAUGCCUUUUUACCCCGUCUGGGGCAUAGGCCGUCCACAAGAAUGUGGCAAGGGUAGAUUGAUAUAAAUAGGAAUAUUCAAAUGUUCAUUGAAAUGAGGCAAUUUUAGAAAGCCAUCAAAUUUUAUAAAUGUUUCUUCACCCUACUUUUAGAUAGUUUGGGAUAUCAUUUUUGAAAUAAGAAGGAAUCACUUUGUCUCUUGUAAUGAACAGAAUCGUCCAUGUUUGGUCAACAGUAACUCAACAGUAAUUUUAUAUAUAUAUUAAAAUUUUGAGUCUUUUUAAUAUAGCAGAAUGUGCAGUAAUUAAAUUGCUAAAUGUUAAAAAAAAUCUACAGUAGUGAUUCAAGGCCAAUGAUGACAUUUUAUCCACAUGUUGUGAUACUAAGCUAUAUUUAUCUUAAGUUAGGUUGUGCCUCCCAGCAGUCUACACUGUCCAAAAACCAUCUACUACUGUGGCCACCUGUUGUGAGCAUAAUGUCAUUCCCAGAUAGAAUUUGACCAUGGACAAAAAGUCAUUUUAUAAAUAGGAUGUACACAUGAAUUUUUUAUUUUUUUGUGGGUGGGGAAUUUCCAGUUAUACUGCUCAGUGCUGACUUGUUCAAAUUCUUCAUAAAGUGAAGUUUUUGGAGUUACAUUAUUAUUAGUGAAUGUUUUAUUUAGUUAGAAUUUAACACAUAUAAACUUGGAUAUUAUACAGUCUUUGAACUUUUACAAUUACUUUAUUGAAUAUUUGAAUGUUUAAAAACAAAAUAUCAAUGCAGUCAGCUCAAAAAUUAUUGUUUCUAAUUUUGGUGUUUGAGGGUGAUAGAAUAAAGCAGUGGUUCCAAAUCUCUUUUCAAAAAUACUUUUUGCAACCCACAACCAAGAUUUGUAUUUUUAUACAUUAAUACAAAAUUAUGUCAUUUGGGUGGGGAUGUAUAAAAAAACUAACAAAUUCAGGAAAUCCAUAUUCUGACUAAGUUUGGGAACCACUGAUUUAUGUCAUUUGAUUUGUUCUAAUUAUGUAAAGUUAAAUGCCAUUGAUUUUUUGUGGUCAUUUUGUAAAAUGUGAAUUCUUAACCCUUCACAGUCUGAUGAGCUGAAAAGGGUGCCUAAUAUUUCCUAACAAUGCUGUUUGGCAGGCACCUGCUGUUAAUUCAGCAUUCUAGGUUUUCAUGAUACCAGAUGUUUCAGUAUCACAAGAAAAUUACUUGAAAACAUAAUAGUGGGGUUUUUCUUUGAUUCAUUUUAUUGAUAUGUGGACAAUGAUAUGAGUAUUUAAAAUAUCAUGUGAAUCUCCUCCCAACGACUUAUUUGACAGCAUCAUCAAAUUUUUUUCCAUUAGUAAAAUGUGUUUUUUUUUAUAUGCAAACACCCACCAACAAAAGUUAAACCCAUUACUCAAGAUGAAUUAACACACUUAAACAUGUAAAAUUAAUUGAUACUGAUUAGAAACUCAUGCUCGAACCGUAAAGGGUUAAUGAUUCCAUCAUGUUGUACACAUUUUGUACAGUUGAUUCUUCUCCAAGUUUUAGACAGUUCAUUGUACUAUGUUUUGAUUUGGGAGCAAUUAGUUUCUUAUCAACGACACAAGUGAACAGCAGUCGAUUAAUCUCUAACAUUUAGAAAUAUAAGUAUUUCUUUAAAACAUACAUGUUAUACUGUCUACUCGUCGUCCAUUUGUUAAGGAGAUUCUCUGGAGAACAAAUUUAAGCUCAUCUUAUGCCCUAUGUCAAAUAUUAAUUGUGCUUCAGAGACUUGCUUAUUUUGUAGAUUUUUCUCUUAAAAUAUUGAAUCUAAGAUAUUUCUAGAUUUUUAAUGCUGUUAUUUUGUCAUGAUGCCAAUAUCAUGUGAUUUUUCCCUCCUUUAGUCCAUAUAUUAAUACAUAUAUUUUCAGUCUUCUUUUAAGGACAAAUAAAUCAUAGCAACGAGGACAGAAAAUUAUUUGAACUGGUCCCAUUGGAAUUAUGUUAAAAAUAUUGUUCAUUAAAGUUUGUUCAGUGAAAUAACUUUCAACGAGAGAAAAAAAAUGGCAGCAACCAAACAGAUGGUAUAUUAUUUAACUCUGUGAAAAUUGAUCAAAGUCUGGACAUUUUUCUGGUGGGUAGUUGACUAGACUGACAUUGUGCAAGAUAGUGUGAGGUAGGAAAUAAGGCUGUAGAAAGAAGACAAAAAUGAUGCUGAAGGGUACAAUCCAUUAUGAAGAGGAAAUUAAUCUGACACACAGAAUCAAAUUUCAGUGUCUCCGAACAUGGACUUUGACUACACUUGGUUUCUGUGGGCGCAGUAUGGAAAACACUUUGAGAAGCCAAGAUCUAGAUCUUAAUUUACAAAUUCAUUGGAUAAUGUUUGUUUUUAAACGGUUUUCAAAUAUUGGAACACAGGCAGCCUAAUAUUAUAAUUUAAAUCAGUAUAAAAAAAAAGAAAUAUUUUCAAACUCUUUGUUUAUCAUCUUAAGAAUAUAAGUCUCAAGUUCUGAAAACCAAUCCAGUAAUCUUAAUUGAGCUUGAUAGCUUGAUAAAUAAAGUUUGUAAAUAAUUAAAAUUAGAACUACGGACUGCUGUUGAGGGAAUCAGAGGAUGCUGUCGUUGAUCAGUUGUGUGUGGUGGCUCAGCAUUACAUAAAACCAAAGACAAUCCAGCAACAUUUCUUAACAACCUCAGAGCUUUAUUAAUUGUUGGAACUGAGUCUUAUCCAGGGCUAAUGCUUUUCACUUGCUUAUUUUGAGGGUGAAAUGUUGGAUGGUUUAUAAUAUGGUCCUCAAGAUGAUGUGUGGAGUUGUUUGGUUUUUGUUUUGUUUUGCACAGAUAGUCCAGUUUUUUCAAGAAAAUUGCUUUUUUGUGUGCAAAUAAUUCCAUUUCUGAAGUAAUUGUCUAUGUGUUAUUAGCAUGUAGAGAUAUACCAACUUGUGGAUAUGAUGAAAAGUGGGACAAGGCUUUAUUUUAAUUUUUAAAAUCAAUUUAAAUUUUCAAGCAGUUGUAAAUAUAACAUCACUGUAACUGUCUCAAACUGCAUGAGCUGUGGGGUUCAAACAAAUCACUUUCCAAUUUUUAGAAUGUUCAUUUCCUCUUCUUGUCUCUAAUGCUGAAAUUUGUUGAUGUUGUUAGUGUGGGCCACCACAUACUGCCCUUGCCCUUGUUACUGAAACUGUAUAUAACUACUGUAAUGAAAUAACUUACUUGUAUGUAAUGCAAUGCACUUAAUCCUGCGUUUCUUUUUCUAUGGCAUAAUAAUUGGUUUGAAAAAAUUUAUUUAAAAAUUUUUUGAAAGCUGUAUAGUUUUUACAACAUUAUUUUUGCAUAAUUUCUUUUGAACGUCCAACAGUUGUGAAUCUUAUGUGUAUUCCUAAACAACUUACUCCAUAAAUGAAUUGAAUGACCUUUAACUCUUGCCGGAUAAGCAGAAUUAUUUAAGCAGUUAUCAGUUUUGUUGCUCUACUUGUACAAAAAAAAUUCCCUGCUUUAUAAAUGAGCUCACCCAUUUUGAAUGUCUUACAAAGUUUUCUUCUCACCGAUCUUGUAGAGUUGUCAACAGUUGAUUACUUAAAACCCAAACUGAAAUUAUUUUUGAACAUGCUCAAAAUUUGGACAAUCUGGAAUGUUGACAUUUGGGGUCGUUAGUAAAUUACGUCAUGCUAAAAAUUACCUUUUAAGAUCCCCCUGUCACGAAAUGUCACAAAUUCUUUAACACACACCACCACCCCUGUGUCACUUCACAACUAAAAAAAAAAUUCAAAACAUACAUAAAAUUUUUGGUAACUAAACUAAGAUUUUAUUUAACAUUUUCCUAUAAUGGAUUAAGAUGUAGUAUUAAAUGUAGUAUUAUUAUGUAGUAUUAGAAAACUGAGUUUCAUGGUACCUAUAAUACCUGAGGCAAUUUCGACCUCAAAUUAAUGUUUUAAAAAAAAAAAAAAAAAUUUUUAAAAAAAAAAAAAAAAAAAAAAAAAAAAAAAAAAAAAAAAACACCACCCCACAAAUUUUUUUUUGGACCCCCCCCCCCCCCCCCCCCCGGGCGAGCGUGACGUAAUUUGCGAACCACCCCUUAGGGUGCAACCUACUAUUUGAAUUCCUUAUAAAGAUGGCCACCACUGAAAUCUAGUUUUGUUGUGGUCCAUUAAUCUAUUGUUGUAUAAUAUCAAAAGAAGACAAUGCUACAUACAGUGUGUUUUGAAAUUUCCCCCACAUAUUGCACAUUCCAGAUCAAAUGUAGGAAAAUUUCCUCAAACUUUAAUUUUUUCCUAAUGUUAAAAUAAGAUCAUUUUACUUUUAAGAUUGUCAUCAACUUUAAAUUGUAACAUUUUGUAACUAUAUAUUAUGAUAAUCAGUAAACUUUUCAACAUAAUUUGUGCUUGCAUUUAUUUUUUGUGGCAUUUACAAUUUUUUGUAACUUUUGUUACUUAGACUUAGAUUAUGAUAAGACAUUUCUCAGCAACUCAGAUCAGUGAUUUAAAAAAACAUUUCUAACAAUAUUUUAUUAAAUGGUCCCCAUUAUUCCUGUCUAGGGGUGGCAUUUUGAAGUGAAAAACAAUGAAAUCAAAAUAGUAGAUCUUUGGCAAUGCAAAGACUCUCACAGAAAUUAAAGAAAUUAUUAUAUUUUUUGUGAUCAAAUUUAAUAUUUAACGAUUUUUGUCCAAAUAUUUAGAGUAUUAAUUCUCUAGCUACAUUUGGAUUUAAAGUAUAACCAUUUUUAGUUUUAGUGUUAAACUUUGAGUGUGCAUUGAUUGAUAAACAGCUAGUUUUUAUGUGCGGCCUCCCCCCCCCUCUCCCCCUCCUCCGGCGAGUCUUAUUGUACACUUUAUUUGUAUUGCUCAUGUGACCAAAGGUGAUGGAAUACUUCAUAGAAUAUUAAUCACAACUUAUCUUAUCAUUAAAUCUGAUAAACCAUUA